AACUCAAUCCUCAUCCUACAACUUCAUCUUAACAAGACACUACCAAACAAACUUUACCUCUACACAAUCAAAAUGGGCAGACUUUCAAACGGCGACUGGCUCCUUGCCGGCAACAGCAUCUUCAGCGAUGACAACGGAACAGAAUUCCGCAUGCAAGACGAUGGCAAGGUCGCUGUCUACCAUGGCGAAGAGUGCGCCUGGCAGAACACCGCCGAACAGAACUGGCAAGCUCACGGCAUCAAGAUGCAAGAAGAUGGCAACCUAGUCAUUUACGACAACUCUGGUACUGGACAUGCCAUUUGGCACACAGACACUGCUGGUGGCAAGGGCAACCAGUCAACAACCCUUGUGGUCCAGGAUGAUGGAAAUGUUGUUUUGUACAAUGAGGGUGGUGACCCCAUCUGGCACACUGCCAGCAACAAGUAAUGUCAUCGCGCGGAAUGAAGCGGUUUCUGGGAUGCUUUCAACGUUGGUAUAGCUACAGAACCCAUGAAUAAAUAAUAAAUUUCACAUAU